UAAAAAAUAGGUAUCAAAGUUUCCUUCAUGAAAUUGAGAACCAUUUCAUUCCAAUAGGAAUAGCUUUUCCAUUAAGCCAUUCUUUCAACCCUUCUAUAUCAAACUCUUUCUCUCAUAUAUUCUCUUUUCAACCAAUCAUACCAAUUAAUUUUGUACCAAUUAACAUGUCACGUAUGAAGCUAUCAAAGAAACUUAAACCAGCCAAGAAAGCAUGGAAGAACCUCUCAAACAAUUUCCAAUCAAAACUCCACAAACUUAACAUAUCCAAAACUUUCAAAACAACCCUUCAACACAUUCUUUCACUCUUUCAUUCCCUCACUCAUCUAAUAACCUCAAAAACUAAAACUCAUCGUUCUCUCACUUCUUUUAAAUCAUCUUAUGCUGCUUCACCUUCUUAUUACCAUUUUCAACACAAAAGCUUUGCAGCUAUAAAUAUAAAUGAUCUCUAUUCUCAAACUCAUUCAGUUUCUUCUAUGAAUAGUAGUAGUAAUAUUCAUCAUGCACAAGGUGAAACAAGUAGAGACAUUGAAAAGGUACAUGUUGAUGACAACAAUAAUGAUGUAGAAACUAUAGAGGAUGCAUGGAAAGUAGUGGUUUCUAGGUCUCCAAUGUUGCAAGUGGAUCAAAAGGCUGAAGAAUUUAUCUAUAAAUUUCGUGAAGAUAUAAGGCUUCAAAAAGAGAAAUCAUUGCUUGAAUUUCAUGAGAGGCUAGCAAGAAGUACCUAAAUUUGAUAAUAUAUAGAUUAUAAUUUUCAUUUUUUUUAUUUCACAUAUAGUACAUGAUUAUGAUAUAUAUCAUGGCUUGGUUUCUGUUUCUUUUUUUAAUUAUUUUUUUUAUUUUGUUUUUUUAUACUUUCAUUUAGUUCUAUUGAGAAGCAAAGGGAUUUUUACUUUGCUUUGAAAUAAGAAGUAAAUAAGUAAUUAGCACAUGUAGUUAAUUGUUUUGGAAUGAUGUGUGAAGAUAUUCUUAAGAUGUAUAUGAAACUUGUGAGGAUUUUUUUUUUCUUCUCAUUUUCAUUAUUUGUAUUAAAAUUACUUGGGCAUAUUGUUUAUUA